AUGUCAAUUUAUCAGGCCGCAAUCACCAACAAAGGGAAGGGAAUCGAGUUACCCGAUAGAGCUUACGACGAAUAUCAGCUAAACGCUUACUCCAAGAAUUUGCGAAAGCUUGUCACGAAUUCUCACAAUUGGGGUAAGGUUCAUAAGUGUUUGAUUCGAACCAAUGCCUGCAAGAGGCUCACACAUGACAAGUCUAACGACACUUUCAUGGAGUUUGCUACAAAAGAAUUGUCUCCUAUUGAGUCAGGAUGUUGCAAGCCGUCUUACUUUUGUAAUUAUACUUAUGUGACCCCAACCAAUUGGAACGUGACAUUUAAUGGGUCUCAUGAAAACUCAGAUUGUCAAUUGUGGAGUAAUGAUCCGGGGACUCUUUGUUACAAUUGUGAGUCAUGUAAAGCUGGAACGCUUCAAGUUUUUAAGGUCAAGUGGACUGAUAUUUUCAAAUUAAGUUUAUGA